AGGCAGCGAGUCCGCAUGUAACCCCCGCCUCGCAUGAAUGAACGAAGCAGCCUAGCAGGGUCCGAUGUGCAACGAAGAGUGCACUAUGCAUUAUCGGCCAGUUGAACCGUGCAUAAUCCGCCCCUCCCUCCCCGCAGAAAGGCCCUUCGAAGCGGAUCAAUCACGGCGCGGUGCAGCCUGGGAUGAAACAUGAAUUCGGUUGGUCCCUGGCGGGAUUUGCGAAAAUAUGAUACUCUAUAUAUCUUACUCACCACUCCACUCACUCCGCUCACUCCACUCUACCUAACUCGUCGUCUUGCCAAUCACCCGAGCGCUUGCUGCACUGCACUGCACUGCACACGGCCAGAACGGAAUUUUGGUCGGAGGGAUGGAUCGCCAUGGAGGCCAAUCCAACAGUCCCCCGACUGCACAUCGUCCAGCGUCGGGCUCCAGUGCUUCGAGUGCGGGCUCAUCUAUUUGAAGGAUCCCACCCGGGGGAAGGAGAGGGGAGGGGGGAUCCAAGUAUUGUACAAUACAUGGUCAUGCGGGCAUAGUACUGGGCGGUGGUGGGCGUUGGUGGCUGGCCGGUCCUUCGAAAUCUCCCUCCCUCCCAAACCCGCCGGGGGUGCGCUGCGUAUUUGUAGUCCAAGAGGCGUCGCUAGUCAUGAGCGAGUGUCAGUGUUCGGCCUGUUUGGUUCUCACCACUGGGAAUGCGGGGCGGUGUUCUUUUUUUGCUCACGGCGUGACUUGAGGGAAGAACUUGAGACGACAGGCCCCCCGGGUCCCUCCACACCUGCCUACCUACUAUCAUUCACCACGUCUGCUAACCUACAUACCGGUACCUACCUCUACCACAUCACCAAACAAAAACGUUAAAAGGGUAAUGGUCCUGCACGUAGAGAUGAGCACCACAGCCUGUUUGCCUCCCCUCACAAAAAAAAAUACAACACAGCCGAGUGAGCAUCACGGUCUAGUCCUCCCGUUCUUCACCUCUUAACACCCGUCAACCCCCAUCUCCGCGCAUCACUAGUCAGGGCGGACAGCUGGGAAAACCGUUGCACAUCUAUCAAUACCUUAUAUCCACCCGGCAAAAACGCUCUGCCUGCUUUGCCUGCCUGCUUGCUUGUCUCCACAGCUUAGCGAGUCUGCCUUUUACC